UUUUGACAGUAAACUAGGACAGAUCGGUUGGGUGUUUAACAAGAUAUAUAACAUUUGAUUGAUCAACAUUUACAGUGAAGCUUUUACACAUUUACAACGGAAGAAUCUCAAGAAUAAUUCCGAAAUGAGUGAUACAGAACCAUUACUGUCAAAUGAUGAUUCCAAUAUGUCAAUUUACUCAACAUUUUCAUCAAUGUCUGAGGUAAGGAUUAUUUUGAUGGGUAAGACUGGAGCAGGGAAGAGUGCGACAGGAAACACCAUCUUGGGACAGGGAGCGUUUCUGGCAGAGGCUUCACCUGAACAAGUUACAAGCAGGCCCAGCAAAGGAUUUGCAAAUCAAGGAGGAAGAAUGAUCUCUGUGAUUGACAUGCCAGGUUUCUGUGGAUCAUUGACUAAAGAAGACAUGAAGACACAGACAAAGAAGUGUGUUGAUCUGUCUGUUCCUGGUCCUCAUGUGUUUCUGCUGGUGAUCAGUGUGGGUGUGAGAUACACGGAGGAGGACGUGAAUACAGUAAAACUGAUUCAGGAGAACUUUGGAGAAGGUGCUACACGUUACACCAUUGUUCUGUUCACUCACACCGAUCAGCUGAAACGUAAAACUUUGCAACAAUAUGUAGGAGAAAGCCAACAUCUAAAGAAACUUACCAACAGCUGUGGUGGCGGAUAUCAUGCAUUCAACAAUGAAGACAUGAUGAACCGCACUCAGGUCACUGAACUGAUGAAGAAGAUUGACAAAAUGAUAGCGGGAAAUGGAGGAGACCAUUACACUAAUGAAAUGUUUGAAGAAGUUCAAAAAAACAUAAUAGCAGAAGAGAAGAAAAAAACGGUAGAAAAGAUUAUAGAAAAGGCAAAAGAUGUUGCAGCUGGAGUUGGAUCAGCUGUAGGAACAGGAGCAGCAGUAGCAGGAGGUAUUGUACUGGUAGCAACAGACGCCGUGCUUUUACCUGUAGUUUUAAUUGGAGCUGGAGCUGCUGCUGCAGGAAUGGGCGCGACACAUGCUGUGAAAAAAUUUAAACAAACCAGAAAGAAAACUGAUUAGUUAUUCCUAUUAGUUUUUGUUAUUGUUUUAUUAUUUUAGUUUAAGUCUGAACAUAUCCACACAGGUAUAAUAUAAUAUUUCCAGCAAUUUUAUUAUUUGACUAAUUGCUUAUUAUUAAUUGUUAUGAGCACAGUAAAUGAUUUUGCUCCAAGGUUGCUCUCCUGUGUGUGUUGUAAUUAAUAAGGAGGCAUUUAAAUGAAUCAAACAUAACCUUAAAGGAACACGUAAUGUCAUUGCGCCUGCUGCACCCAUGGUACGGCAGCAAACUUCCUUGAUUAUUACGCCGGAAUGAGAGUAUAGUUCCUAGCCAUAUCGGCCUAGAAAAUAGCAAAUUUUCAUUUUCCG